UGAAACAGUAUUAUAGCAUAUUAAUUAGAUAUGGAAUUUCAUAUUCCUUUUCAGAAGUGUAGAGAAAGCAGAGUCUAUAAAGAUAGAAUUAAGAAAUGGGACAUCCACAUUGAGCCAGUUGUAUUCAGUUACGGGGCUGAAACGGAAAACCCUAUGGACAAAGUUCUCUUUGAUAUCGGCGGUAUCGAAGUAGACCCAACUGAAGAGAAAUCUGCCAUGCUCCCUAGAGUCUUUGAGGAAACUUACUUACGUAUGUACUGGAAAAAAUCCUCUGUAAAAGGGAAUGAAUUCAAAGACGCAGAAAACUGGUUUAAAAAUCUAAAAGACUUCGAAUUGGCUGGAAAGCGAUAUCAUCUCCAUCGCAAUCCAAAGCAAAAGAAAGUACGACGACUUGGUGUCAAGAACAAAGGAACUAGGAAUACAACGCGCCCUCGACAAAGGAGGAAAACUAACUCAGUGUAGUUUGGUUUUUUGUGCAACACUUCACAUGUCUUUGAUUGUCUUGAGUAGGACAAGACAUUUUUAGUAGGUCAAGAAUAUUUAAGAAAAAAUUUGACUGUAGGAAAAUAACCGAUAAAAUUACUUCAUAAUGUUUUUAAAAGGACCUUGCAGCUCUCAGGGUCUCAUGAAAUAUGUGAUAAGAUAUUAGAAAAGAAGAGUGUUUGUGAAAAAUUUAAUGCUAUUUUUGUCGUUGAAUUUUUAAUUUUUAUUGGCCUUUUCAGUUCAGAUUUUUCAGUUACCUUUUAAACAGCUGUUCAGACAGCCCCGUAAUGAAAAUAGUGUGCAAUUUACGGUGGAUGAUUUUCUGCGCACGGUUGGUGAGAAUUUUUCCAUUUUCCAGCAUUGGUCAAUCAAUUACAUUCCUUUCACAAUCUGCAAAAAAUUCUUUACCCAGUCUGUAUAUUUUAUUU